CCCGUGCACGACAGAUGGCGAUACUAGAGUUACGAAAAUGUCAGCCCCCAAGUACACUGAGCAUGUUGUAAUGUUAUUAUGGUAUUUCACGAUUACAUCUGAAUUGUACAACCUUAUUAGCGCAUUUAAUUUAGGGUAAAACUACAACUACGUUGCACGAAAUAUACAAGGGAACGCAUCAAAAUGGUGAAGGAGCAGUACAGAGAAACAGAUGUGGCGAAAAAGAUAAGCCACAUAUGCUUCGGCCUUCAGACUGCUGCGCAGAUGAAGCAGCAGGCCCACAUUCACGUUGUCAGCAAGAACCUGUAUGCCCAGGACAACACCAGAACGCCCGUCCCGUUUGGAGUGCUGGAUCACAGGAUGGGUACCAGCGAAAAGAACAAUAAGUGUGAUACAUGCAGAAAGGACUUGGCUGAGUGCACCGGUCACUUUGGCUACAUCGAUUUGGAGAUGCCGGUUUUUCACACUGGCUACUUCAGAUCGAUCAUCAACAUACUGCAAACAAUUUGCAAGACUUGUAGCCGUGUCUUACUCCCACCUGGUGAGAGACAGGGCUAUCUGGAUUCGUUGAAACGACUAAAUCUGAACUACCUGCAACGGAAGGCACUGAGGAAGAAAAUUACAGACAGAUGCAAGAAGGUUCACAACUGCCCCUACUGCAAAAUCAAGAACGGAAUUGUAAAGAAAUGUGCCUUGCUCAAGAUCGUGCACGAGAGAUUCCGUCAUGUUAAAAAGAACGACGCGGAACAGUCUGAAUUCUUUGCGUCAUUUGAAGAGGCGAUAGAGCAUAACAAGGAGAUCGAAGGGCACCUGUCUAAAGCUCAGGACAUACUCAAUCCACUCAUCGUCUUAGAUCUAUUCUUGCGAAUACCGGAUGAGGACUGCCCGCUGCUCGUGAUGAAUCCGGACUCGGGACGACCCCGUGACCUCAUACUGACGCGAAUGCCCGUGCCGCCGCUCUGCAUCCGACCGUCCGUCGUCUCUGACCUCAAGUCCGGAACGAACGAGGACGACAUCACGAUGAAGCUGACUGAGAUCAUCUUCCUGAACGACGUCAUCAAGAAGCACCGCGCGACCGGAGCCAAGGUGCAGAUGAUCGUCGAGGACUGGGACUUCCUGCAGCUGCAGUGCGCGCUCUACAUCAACAGCGAGACAUCCGGCAUCCCCAUGAACAUGCAGCCUAAGAAACCGACUCGCGGAUUCUGCCAGAGACUCAAGGGCAAGCAGGGUCGUUUCCGCGGCAACCUGUCGGGCAAGCGCGUGGAUUUUUCCAGCAGAACUGUGAUAUCUCCUGAUCCGAACCUACGAAUCGAUCAGGUGGCGGUGCCGGAACUGGUUGCCAAGAUUCUCACGUACCCGGAGCGCGUAUGCAAGUCUAACAUAGAGCUGAUGCGUAAGCUCGUCAUCAAUGGCUGCGACAUCCACCCCGGAGCGAACUUCAUCGAUCAGCGCGACACCGGGAUCAAGCGGUAUCUCCGCUACGGAAAUCGACAGAAGAUCGCUCAAGAGCUGAAGUUCGGCGACAUCGUAGAACGUCACCUCAUGGACAACGAUGUCGUGCUCUUCAAUCGACAGCCGUCGCUACACAAGCUCAGCAUCAUGGCGCAUUACGCGAAGGUGCGUCCCCACCGGACGUUCCGCUUCAACGAGUGCGUCUGCAACCCGUACAACGCCGACUUUGACGGCGACGAGAUGAACCUGCACCUGCCGCAGACCGAGGAGGCAAAGGCGGAGGCCAUCGUGCUGAUGGGCGUCAAGGCGAACCUCGUGACGCCGCGCAACGGCGAGCUGCUCAUCGCCGCCAUACAGGACUUCAUCACCGGUGGAUAUCUGCUCACGCAGAAGGAGGUGUUUUUCGAGCGAGGUCGCGCUUGUCAGAUCAUUGCAGCGAUGCUAGCCGAGCAGGACCAGAAUGUACUCAUCAAGCUACCACCGCCCGCCAUCAUAAAGUUAUAUUAUAGUUCCUUCAUCAACAUCUCACAGAUGAUCGCGUGCGUCGGCCAGCAGGCUAUCAGCGGUCAUCGCAUCCCGAACGGCUUCGACGACCGCGCCCUUCCUCACUUCGAACGCCACUCUAAGGUUCCUGCAGCAAAGGGUUUCGUACAAAACAGCUUCUAUUCGGGACUGACACCGACAGAAUUCUUCUUUCACACGAUGGGAGGACGAGAGGGUCUCGUCGACACGGCAGUGAAGACGGCCGAGACGGGGUACAUGCAGCGCCGCCUGGUGAAGUCGCUCGAGGACCUGUGCUCGAACUACGACACGACCGUACGCACGUCGAUGGGAGAGAUCGUCCAGUUCGUUUACGGCGGCGACGGUCUCGAUCCGGCCGAGAUGGAGGGCCACGAGCGACCCGUCGACUUCCACCGCGUGUUCGGCAACGUCAAGGCGCAGUUGCCGUGCAAGGAGGAGGUCGCGAUGCGGGCCGCCGGCUUCCUCUCUCUCUACGAGGAGCUGAUAGAGGAGCACGCACGCUGCCAGCCCGACUUCCUCGCAGAGAUGAGAGAGUUCGCCGAGGACGUGGGAGGGAGGAUCGCCACCGCGGAGAAACGAGGAGAGCACGGUCAGAAGGUGGACGAUGUGCAAUCCACGGCAGACUGCGAGAGUUUGUUGACCUACGUGCAAAAAAGAGCAAGUACAAGACAGCAUGGAGCCAACCUUCCAUUUCGCCUGAGAGUGGCAUUCAUGAAUAUCACGCUCGGUGUGCCGCGAAUCAAGGAGAUCAUCAACGCAUCGAAGUCGAUCAGUACUCCCAUCAUCACGGCGACCCUCGUGGACGAGGCUGACCCAGAGGUCGCGAGGCUCGUCAAAGGUCGCAUCGAGAAGACAAUGCUGGGAGAGGUAUCCGAGUACAUCGAAGAGGUAUUCAUGCCGGACGAUUGCUUCCUGAUGAUAAAGCUUGACCUUGAACGUAUCCGACUUCUGAAGCUUGAGGUGAACAUUGACACGAUCUGCUACGCGAUCUACACGUCGAAGCUGAAGGUGAAGCCGAACCAUGUGCAGACGCACGGCGAGGACAUCAUCUGCGUGCAUCCGCAGGAGAGCAACAAGAGCCCCUCUACUUACGUCUGCAGCACCAUCAAGUCGCGCUGCCCAAUGUCGUCAUCAAUGCAUCCGCAGGAGAGCAACAAGAGCUCCCUCUACUACGUGCUGCAGCACCUCAAGGUCGCGCUGCCCAAUGUCGUCAUCAAGGUGCGUCUGAAGGUGGAGCGUGUGGCAUCCACGCAGCUGCGAGAGUUUGUUGCCACGUGCAUCAGCAAGUACAAGAGAGCCAGCAUGGAGCCAGGCACGGCUGUCGGCGCCAUCGCCGCACAGAGCAUAGGCGAGCCGGGAACUCAGAUGACUCUGAAGACCUUCCAUUUCGCCGGAGUGGCAUCGAUGAAUAUCCUUUCAUUGCAUUUUUUUCUCUCGGAGUCGUACUCUCGUGGAUGCGCGCCGUUUCCAACUUUGCAUCGCGUCUUCCUGCAGCCCAUUCGACUCUGGACGGGCAAGCAGAUAUUCAGCCUGAUCCUGCGGCCGAACCCCGGGUGUCCGGUCCUGGCAAACCUGCGCACAAAAGGCAAGAACUACAGCAGCGGGGAGGACAUGUGCGUGAACGACUCGUUUGUCGUCAUCUACAACAGCCAGCUGCCGCGCCGUGCCUUCGUCCGUGUUGCUUUGUGUUGCGUGAAGGGUACGGCGACGGUGUCGAACAACACGUACGAGAUGGAGAAGACGCUGGGUAUUGAGGCGGCGCGCGCGUGCAUCAUACACGAGGUGCAGUACACGAUGGUGAACCACGGCAUGAGCAUCGACCGACGACACGUCAUGCUGCUCGCUGACCUCCUAUUUGAGAAGACAGCCGACCAUCUGUUCGACGCGGCGUACCACGGCCAGAAGGAUGCCGUCUGCGGCGUCAGCGAGUGCAUCAUCAUGGGCAUCCCCAUGAACCUCGGAACAGGGCUCUUCCGACUCCUCCACCGGCCCGAGAAGGACCCGGAGCCGAGGACGCGCCCCCUGGUGUUCGACGUGCCAGACUUUCACGUGCCGCUGUCCUAGCAGGGCAAGUCGUCGUCGCCGUCGUCGUCAUCAUCGACGCUGCCAUCAUUGUCGCCGUAGUCGUCGUCAAUGUCGUCGUUGCUGCCGUCAUCGUCAACGUUGUAGUCAGUGCCUGCAGGGGGCAUCGAUCGAUCUCCGUUCGGCUUGCGAGAAAGAAAUGUUUUCUCGAUAGUAGGGUUGUCACGCGUCGGGGAGUCGUCCCGUUCGUUAUCCCGGAUUUGCCCUGGAGUGGUGGUGGGAUUGGGGGGGAGUGGGGGGCGCGAAAAUAAUGUGUUUGCUGUCGCGUUGUUGGAGUGUGUGUAUGUGUGUGGAGCUCGAAGAUUUGUGCAGUGUUUCUUCGUGACGUGUGUACGCAUCACUAUGUUUUGCGGAAUAAUACUCGAAGCGUUACGAUCUGUGCUUUUUACGGUGAGGAAUGAUUUCGAAGUCGAUUUUCUAUCUAUCAACAUGUGGCAUUGGACAUAUAUAUAUAUAUAUGUGGCACAUUUAACAAUAACACUGUGAACUUGCAUGACACAACAAAGUAUUUGUCAACUGUUUACUCGUCUGUUAUGCAUAUCAGAUGGCCAUAUUCAGAUCGUAAAACAGCCUCGUCGCAUCGUACAUGUGUAUGUACCAGGAGUGUAUAAUAAUAGACUAUAUCUAUUAUUAUACACUCCUGUAUGUACCAUGCACAAAUAGAUAUAAAUGUCUAAACAUUCGCCAUCUCUGUCAGGGCAGCGCACUAGCAAUAUUCUGCCAAUGCAAAUUGAUUUUUCAAUCACACACUGGCACCUUUUUUAGAAUCACACUGUUAUUUAUUUCUCAUUAUAAUUUGAAACAUACAUUGGUUAUGUGGCAUAUAGCUAGCCAUUGUUUAUGUGUGGAACAGAUACUGAAAGGCUCAGUAUACUGUCGUGCAUUUGGGUUUAUAUGUAAUAACAUGAACAUAUCUAUACAAUAAUCUAUGGUAAAUAUAGUCUAUACUCUUGUAAAGACAUGUUCAUAGUAAUACUGUACAUAUCGAACAAAACUGUUGAUAUGAAUAAAUCCUGUAUGUGAUCUUAUUAAA